AUGUCAGCGCAGCAGCAGUUGUCGGAAAGUUUCUGCGAUUCAACACAGCACACCGGUGAAAAUUGGAUGAGCUUUCUGCCGCAUGAAGUGGUCCAGAAGCCUUUGGUCUAUGUUGCUAUACCAGGAUCGCAUGAUUCCUUUGCCCAAGCGCUGUUCGAUAAUUGCCCAGUAGCGAAUGACAAAAGUCGACUUUUCCGGGAAAUCGGGCGAUUCCGACUGGUGCGCCGUAUGAUUCGACGAUGGGCAACAACCCAGCGGUUUUCAGUGGUUGAACAACUUCAUGCUGGCGUGCGGUAUUUCGAUGUUCGAUUAACAGUUCCGUUGGCGACAAAGUUGGAUGGAAUCCGUGUUCUUCAUGCUUUAUACGGUGAACGCAUUGAGCAGUUUCUCGUGGACAUCAAUGCAUUUUUGGAUAGCCAUUCACGAGAAAUAGUCAUUCUCGACUUCAAUCAUCUUUAUAAUUUUGACAACAAUUCAUAUGCUCAGUUCUUGAAAAUGCUGGAAUGUGUGUUUGGCUCGAAAUUGUGUCCAAGGGAAGAGGAUGUAACGAAAAUAAGCCUAGCAGGUAUGUGGAGUGCCGGUUAUCAAGUGAUCGCCAUAUCGGCUGCUGAAAAAGGAGCGCCAAGCACAUCGUGGAUCUGGGGACCGCGUUGUAUCAUGAGCCCGUAUGCAAAUGUUAACCGAACUGAUCGCUUAUUCGAAUUUCUAGGCCGAACACUACGAGAUCAUCGGAAGGGCCCGAGGAAUGUGUUCUUUGUAACGCAGGCAAUUUUGACAGCAAAGUGGAAAGAUGUGUCACUACAUCCAUUUUCCACACUCGAAAAUCAUUGCGCAUUAAAGUGCACGAAGGAAGCCACCGUCUGGAUCACAACAUUUGAUGAGCCAUCUUUCUUCAACAUCAUUAUUUGCGAUUUUGUUGAUCUCUUUGACUUCUGUGACGUUGUAUUCUCACUCAACAGCAAGUCGUCCUCCUGA